AUGGUCGCCAAAGUAGUUGAUGCGAACAUGGUGGACAUUCGCAGCUCCGCUGAUGGCAAGAAUCUGCUUAGGUUAGGCAACACGGGAUUACCAAAAAAAGGCGACGCCAAAUUGGAUGAGGAGGCUCGCUCGGCUGCCAAGGCAGCUUUGGAGAAGAAGCUCUCGAAGUCCAUGAUUUGGUGGAAGGCCGCCCCACCCAGUGCCCAGAGGACUGAAGAAUCCGACAACGUCAGGGUGGCAGACGUUUGGACGAUAGAGGGAGAGCACAUUCCCAGCUACAUGAUCCAGGAGGGCCACCUGCUUCACAAUGAGGAGUAUGCAGAGGAACUGGCGCGGGACAUCCUGUCUGUUGCGGCUGGCAAGGAAAAGCAGGAGCAAUACCAAGCCCUGGAGCAAGCUCUCCGCGAGACGCAGGCAGAGCUUCAGACAGAGACUAGUCCUGGUGAGAAGAGCCAGGCGAAGGAUCGCAGCACGUCCGAACCGGCUCCCCGUGCUUCCCUAACCCUGGGAUUGCUUAUGUUCGCGUUGGUCUGCGCACUCUUCGCUGGCUUGGUGUGGGUCUUGGGCUCGCUGACAAGCCCCAAGACUGUCAAAACCAAGAAGGCAAAGAAAGGUUGA